GGUCAUCGUUUACCCCAAAAGGAAGUCAUCGAGAAUAUUAAUACCAGCCUCCGGAUCUUCCAAUUCCGACUCAGGCAUCUGGUUUUCUAGGACGUUUGGGAGAAGAGGUGCAGCUUCAGCCAUCCAGCCGAUUCCCUAACCCUAACCCACGAAGAUUUGUACUACUUGUUCAAAAAAAGAAAAAAAAAAAACCCAGUAUCAUGAAAUUACAGAAACGACCUUCAGAAUCUCUCCUAUACCCUUCAUAGUGCUAUGCCAUAGUUUCUGUUGGAGGACUGAUCCGAUCCACCAAUCGUGGGACUAGAUUGGGAGCUCUGGGUGGGCGGCAGACUUGUUAUUUGCAGCUUGCGGCUGUGAACGUUGACCUGUUUCGCCUAGAGUUAGUGAAAGGAGAGAAGCUGUUCUGUUCUUUAAAUUCUAUAAAGUGAUCAUCAAAGACAUUAAGACUUAAAAGAAAUUAGUUGAGUUGCAGUUGAGAAAAAGAAAAAUCAUUCUCUAGUCGAGGAGGAUGAGUGAGGAUGCUGUUGACGCCUUGAAAAAAUGCGCGGAGGCGCUUCAACAUGGGAAUCCGAGAGUUGCAAAUGCAGAGAUGGGAAGAGUUCUUUUUCUUGCUGAAAAGGAAACGACGACUUCAACUAGAAAAUUGAUCGGAUAUUUUGCACAGGCUCUCGCUUGCCGAGCCUAUGGACUUCAUCCUAAAUAUUUUUCAUUCCCAUCACCUGACUGGAAGUAUUGGCUUUGUAGAAAGUGUGGCCUUUUUACUUGUGUAGGUGCGUAUAUUUCAGAUGUCGUCAAGGGAAAAUGCAAAGUCCAUGUUAUUGAACUUGUCAAGCACAUGGAUGGUUAUGAGCAAUGGGCAUCCAUUUUGGAUGGGGUUGAUGACUGGGGUGACCUGACGCAUUUAAGGUUAAGUUUCCUUGUACAAGAAAAAGUUGAAUUUUCGAAAGAAAGUGAGGAGAAACUUAUUCGGUCUUCCAUUUACUACCGCAUUGGGUUGGAAUAUAAGAUAAUUGCUGUUAACAGUUUCGCUGACAUUGAUGUGUCUUUGCUGGAGAUGCGGGAUGGCGAGUUUGUGGUUGUGAAUUGCAUGUUUGUAUUCAGCAAAAUGUUAUCUGAGGCAUUAGCUCUGGAGAAGCUGUUACAAAGGGUGAGGGAUGUCAUGAGAGUGGAUGUUAUGAUUGUUGUAGAGCAUGAUGCUAACCACAAUCAGUCUGAUUUUUUAUUGCGGUUUAAUGAAUCACUUAGAUAUUAUUCUUCUGUAUUCGAAGCAUACUAUAGUUUCAAUAAAAGCGAGCAGUAUUUUAGGUAUCAAAUAUGCAACAUGGUGGCGUGUGAGGGUAGUAACAGGGUGGAGCGGCACCAGACGUGGGCUCAAUGGAAAUCCUUGCUUAUUCAUUAUGGAUUUUCUAUUUUUAAUUCGCAUCAUUUCUUCGGAAAGCGACUGCCUUCAAACUUUCCAAAUUUCCCCAGAGGUAUUCUAUUUUCUUCCUAUGCCUUAUCUUGUUUGUCAAAUAUGCAAUUCGAAAAACAUUGGAUUCCUCAUCUUGGUUCAUCUUAAUUAAUUAAUCUCUCCAUUUAAUUUUAGUGAGUUUAGGGUUUUUUUUUAUAAUAAUAAAAUAGGGAUGUGAUA